CUACACGCAGCAACAGGCCACGCGAACAUCGAGACUCCUCUUCUCGCAACAGAAAUAUGUCGACUAUCACAAUGACUCCGAGCAGAUUCAGCUCGUCGCUCUCUGGCCGUCAUGCCGACGCAGCCGACUACGGCGCAGGUGCUCCAUCCAUGGCAGACCAGCUCCCGACAAUUGACUUCAACUUCGACGAGCUUCGACAGCGCAUGGCACAGUUCACGCAGCGAUUCGACGAGUUCAUCGAGCGCGGAAGAAAGAAAGUGCUGGAGGAGAAGAACGCAUUUCGCAUGAACGUAGCAGAUCUAGAAGAAAAACAACGACAGCGGCAGCAGAAAAUCUCUCAGCUUGAAUCGGAGUCCUCAAGCCACGCGCACAUCUUGGCCAAGGAGGCGCAAGAGAGAGAAGAGAUGCACGAGGCGAUCCGCUCACUCACCGCCGAAAGAGAAGAGCACACCAAUCGACGCGACCAACUGAAGACCGAAAUCGCAUCUGUGCAAGCCACGAUACGGCAGAAGAAGGAGGCGCAGGCAGCGCAUCAGAGAUCACUAGACGUGCAGGCGCGGCAUAAUGUGCCAGAACUGCGAUUCUGGGAAACCUGUCUGGGCCUCCGUAUGGAAGGGACAGAGGUCGAUGAUCGGCUGAAAUUUGUCUUCUUGCGUCUGGACCGUCGCGAUGAGGAUCGGGAGUGCUGGUUUGAGGUGCACAUUGGCGGGAGAGAAUAUGAGAUUACGAGUUGCAGACCUCGAUUGGACAGAGAUGAUAUGGAGGCCGCGCAGGGGAGACUGAAUGAGACGAAAGAGCUGGGACCAUUUUUGAAGGCGAUACGAUCUCUGUUCGUCGAUGCAGUACGCUCGUGAUGAUAUACCACCCACACUGAUCUAUAGUGCUCUCCAUGGAUGAUGAUCAAUGUCUACUCCCUCUCUUUCUCUCUCCCCCUCUCUCCCUCACAUGCCAUGUCUCCCUCCACCAGCACCCCCAAUAUCACUCCCCAUCUUCUCCCCUAUGCCCUGCGCCAAUUUAUGAUCAUUCGGAUUCGCCGCAGCCUCAUAUAAGAAAUUAAUCGGUUCCCUCGACAAUUUCAUCCACUCCCCUUUGAAGCCCAGAUAAUCCACUCUCGUGACAUCUUCCUCUCCUCUCCCCCAAUUAUCCUCAAAAAACAAAUCCAAGCACCGCACCGUAUUGAACAAGGCCCUCUUGACCGGCACCUCUUGCACCUCUUUACUCUGCGCCAAUUCCAACGUCUGCGUCGGAGGGAGAUCCGACGCCGUGGAAAAAUCUAAUCCGCCUUCGCGAUUGACGUAGAGUUUGAGCGUCAUGGGCGCCGAAUCGGUCGUCGAUGUGCGAAUGAGAAGGGAAUGGAGUCGGAUUUGAGCGGUAAAGGGUACGUGCAUGAGGAGUUGUUCGUCCGUGUCGCUUUGCAAGGACGGUUCCGGGUUGAGACGGUCUGUCCAGGUUUUUUGGAGGAUGAGAGAUCCCGAGCGCGAGGUGGCUUCGUUGAGGGUUUGGACGGCGCUGAAGUCGAUUUGGUCGUAGAUGUGGUGUUGGAGAGCGGGGGUCAAGUCGUCCGUGUGGUCGUGCGCGCC